AUGUGGCGCACACCGCAGGUCCCUGUUCUUAAGAAGGAUUUAUCAUUGAGACUGUGUGCAGACUAUCGUAUCACUGUCAAUCCGUUCCUGGUGGACAAUCGUCAUCCAUUCCCGGUUAUUGACGAGGUUUUUGCGGCGCUGCAGGGUGGAAAACAUUAUUCGAAACUUGAUCUGAAGAACGCGUAUUACCAAUUGGAGGUGGAUGAUGAAUCAACAAAGUUAUUGGUCUGGAGCACGCAUCGAGGUGUGUAUUGGAUGAAUCGACUUCUUUUCGAAACGAAGACGGCGUGUUCCAUCUUUCAAGCGACAUUGGAGAAAGUUCUUCAAGGCUGUCCUGGUACAAUCAUCUACCUAGACGAUAUUCUAGUUUUGGGUGCAACCGUGACAGAGCACUUGGAAAACCUGAAUAAAGUAUUAUAA